AAAAACAGAGUAUAUUACUUUUUUUUGUAAAAAGUAAUACGUAUAUGUCAGUCUGUCGUGUCGUCGUGUCAGUUUUUUGUUUUUGCUUUCCUAUGGUGCGGACUUGCGGACUAACAUAGGAGCAGAAGCAGAAAUAGCAAAUAGCUGAAAUUCGAGAUUUUGAUUUUAGCAGUUCUGAAUUUUCAAUUCUUCGAAGUUAAAUUUCCAUAUUUUCCUUCAGAAAUAAUAGUGAUACCAGUAGUAAUAUACGUGAUCUAUUGAAUAGUGGUACAGAAAGGUUCUCUGUUGUUUAUUUAGGACGAUAUUUUAAAGCUGAAAUGGAGUUUCAAGACGUGUAUAAGAAACAGAAAACUUGCCUUCAAGUAGCUACUAACGUUACGGAACAACAUCGUCACGUGUCUCGAGCUAAAAGGGGCCAAGUUUUAGGACACCUAAGAGGCUUUAGAGGAUGUACAGUAUGGUUUACUGGUCUGUCUGGUGCAGGAAAAACUUCGGUGUCGUUUGAGCUGGAAGCUUACUUAAUUCAGCACGGUAUUCCUGCAUACAGUUUAGAUGGAGACAAUAUGAGAACAGGCCUGUGCAAAGAUUUAGGCUUUUCAAAAAAAGACCGGGAAGAGAACAUACGACGUGUCGCUGAAGUAGCAAGAUUGUUUGCGGAUGCAGGUCAGAUUUGUUUGUGUAGUUUUGUCUCGCCGUUUGCUGAAGAUCGAGAAGUAGCAAGAAGAAUUCAUAAAGAUAGUGACCUACCAUUUUUCGAGGUUUUUGUUGAUACACCUAUUGAAGUAUGUGAACAGCGAGAUACAAAAGGUUUAUACCAUAAAGCACGAUUGGGCCUCAUAAAAGGAUUUACUGGUAUUGACCAGUUGUAUGAAACUCCUGAGAAUCCUGAGUUAGUUGUAAAGACAGUAAAUUCAACUGUUAAAGAAUCUACAAUGGAAGUUGUAGAUCUUUUGAGAGAAUAUGGAAUACUACCUGUGCUACAGGAGUAUGAUAAUAGUGUCCCCGAAUUAUUUGUUCCUGAGCAUCGAUUAGUCUUUGCUGAAGAAGAGGCAGUAAGCCUUCCAAAAUUAAAUAUUGAUAUACUUGAUCUGCAAUGGUUACAGGUUUUGAGUGAAGGAUGGGCCUAUCCACUGAAAGGUUUUAUGAGGGAAGAUCAGCUUCUUCAAACACUACAUUUUGAUUGUCUGCUUAACGAUGGGAAUCCAAUUAAUCAAAGUGUGCCUAUUGUAUUACCUAUCUCUACCGUAGAUAAAAACAGACUUCAAGACACAUCUGCAAUUACCCUAUGUCACAAUCAGAUUUCUUACGCUAUUUUGAGAAAGCCUGAAUUUUAUUACCAUAGAAAGGAAGAGAGAAUUGCAAGGCAGUUUGGCACGACAAAUAAAGAUCAUCCGUACAUAAAAAUGAUUAUCGAAUCUGGAGACUGGUUGGUGGGAGGUGACCUAGAAGUUCUUAAGAGGGUUCAAUGGGGUGAUGGUUUAGAUGAAUACAGGUUUACUCCAAAUGAAUUGCGAAAAAAAUUCAAAGACUUGGAAGCAGAUGUUGUAUUUGCGUUCCAGCUUAGAAACCCCAUCCAUAAUGGGCAUGCUUUACUUAUGACUGACACUAAGAGGCAAUUGCAGGAGAGGGGAUAUAAAAAACCUGUUUUGUUAUUGCAUCCUUUAGGAGGUUGGAUAAAAGAUGAUGAUGUUCCAUUGCCAGUAAGAAUUCGGCAACAUCAAGCAGUACUGGAAGACGGGCUUUUGGAUAAAAAUUCAACUGUUUUAGCAAUAUUUCCUAGCCCCAUGAUGUACGCUGGUCCAACGGAAGUCCAGUGGCAUGCUAAAGCGCGAAUGAAUGCAGGUGCUAACUUUUACAUUGUGGGGAGAGAUCCUGCAGGUAUUGCCCAUCCGGCAGGGAAAGAAGCUUCUCCAGAUGGUAACUUGUUUGAAAUCACACAUGGAGGGCGCGUUUUAAAAAUGGCUCCAGGUUUAAAUAACUUGGAAAUUAUUCCGUUCCGGGUAGCCGCCUAUGACAAGAAAUUAAGAAAAAUGAAUUUCUUUGAUCCAACAAGAAAAGAAGAUUUUGAGUUCAUAUCCGGCACUAAGAUGAGGACACUGGCUCGAAAUGGAGAAAACCCACCUGAAGGUUUUAUGGCCCCUAAAGCUUGGGAUAUUUUGGCGGGGUAUUACCAGGCGAUAUCCCAAACAACUUGUUAAAUGUAUGCCUAAAAAAAAUUAGAAUUACGAUAUAGCACUUAUAGGCAACUAACCAAAAAAAGGUGCUCUAAUAAUUAAGUACAAUAUAUAUGUAUUAUUAUACAUUAUCUUUUGUUGCUAGAUAAGUAUCAUAUAGCAUUUAUUAUUAGUUAAGUUGUUUAUAUUUAUAUUAUAUAUUAAUAUAUUUAUUUGGUGGUGUUAAAAAGUCAUUAGAAUGUUCCAGUAAAAAAAAUAUUUAUUAGACGUACUUAUAUAACUAAUGUAUACAAAUAAUACACAUUCCAGUUAAGAAGAAUGUUCAACUUUAAAUAAAGGUGCUAUUAAGUAGGUAACAAUAUAUAUAUUUUAACCAAUAUCUAUACUAAAAAAACAAAACUUAAAAAUCAAAAUGUUUUUGUUUAAAAACACCACAGGGAAUUAGACCAUGGAGACAAAUUUGAAAAUAUCUUUUUACUCAAGUGAAAAGCUAUUGAGAGUUUCGUCUCUAGUGAUACUCAAGCCAGUUUGAAUUUUUACAUAAAUAUUUCAAGGAUAACAUAUCUUUGUUUUAAUGGAGUUAUUCCCAGAAAAAAAUACGGUAACAAUAGUUUUGUCC